CCAACUAUAAAAGGACAUAGAGAUUCAUGUUAAUAAUGAACCACACACACUUCAUCUUUGUAAGAUUUCAUUUGAGAGAGAAGACAAAAUGAGUCUUGAAGGAAAGUUGGUUUCAGAGAUAAAUAUUAAGUGUGAUGGAGAUGUGUUUCAUGAGAUUUUUAAGCAUAGACCACAUCAUAUUUCAACUAUGAGUUCUGAUAAAGUACAAAAUGUGGAUAUUCAUGAAGGUGAAUGGGGUACCGUUGGCUCUGUCAUUUUUUGGAAUUUUACCCAUGAUGGGAAGGAAAAGGUUGCAAAGGAAAUAAUUGAAGAAAUAGAUGAAGAAAAGAAGCUUGUUAAAUUCAAGGUGAUUGGAGGAGAUAUAUUGGACUAUUACAAAUCAUUUUACAUCACUGUUCAUGUUGAAACAAAGGGUGAAGACAAUUUAGUUACUUGGAUUUUGGAAUAUGAGAAGUUGAAUCAAGAUAUUCCAGAUCCUCACACACUAAUGAAAUUUUGUCUUGAUGUUACAAAAGAUAUUGAGACUCAUCACCUAACAGGAAAGUUAGUUUCAGAGAUAAAUAUCAAAUCUGAUGGGGAUGUGUUUCAUGAAAUAUUUAGGUAUAGACCACAUCAUAUUUCUAGUAUGUCACCUGGUUAUAUACAAAAUGUCGAUAUUCAUGAAGGUGAAUGGGGCACGGUUGGUUCUGUUAUCUUUUGGAACUUCACCCAUGAUGGGAAAGAGAAGGUGGCAAAGGAAGUAAUUGAAGAAAUAGAUGAAGAAAAGAAGUUGGUUAAAUUCAAAGUGAUUGGAGGAGAUAUAUUGGAGGCUUAUAAUCCAUUUUACGUCACUGUUCAUGUUGAAACAAAAGGUGAAGAUAAUAUAGUUACUUGGAUCUUGGAAUAUGAAAAGAAGAAUUGUAAUGUGCCAGAUCCACACACUUUGAUGGAAUUUUGCCUCAAUGUCACAAAAGAUAUUGAGACUCACCAUCUCAAUUGAUAUAUACCUAUGUUUAUAUAUAUAUUGCUCGGAUUCUUUUAAAAUAUAUUGACACAUGCUAUACUGUCAUAUGUGUGACAAUAUUUUUAAAGAAUACGAAUAAUAUAUGGUGAAUGCUUGGAACUAAGAUGUUCUCUCAAGUCUUGUAAUAACGUACGUGUGUUUGUUAUUAAUGAGUGUGCUUUGAAAUGUCUACUACAUGUAUCAAGAAUAAAAAUAAAAUAAGGCAAAAUGAGUGAAUAUGUAAUUUCUAACAUAUUUUGUUGUGGAUU